AUGAGGCGGAGGGCCCCUGAGGAAGAAGCCUGCGGCGUGUGGCUGGACGCGGCGGCGCUGAAGCGGCGGAGAGUGCAGACACAUUUAAUGAAGCCAAACACCAAAAUGCUAACACUCUUUCCUGGAGAGAAAAAGGCUAAGAUUUCUUUUACUCAAAGAAUUCCACCUACAGGCACUCGGCAGACCAGCAUUGCUUCCUUCUUCACCUUGCAGCCAGGAAAGACAAAUGGUGGUGACCAGAGGAGUGUUUCAUCUCAUACAGAAAGUCAGAUCAACGAGUCUAAGAAAGAUGCAACCCAUCUAGAUCAUCUGAUCCAGGGCUUGGAGGACGAUUCCAUGUCACCCCCAUUAGCCACUUCAACCCCUGCAGAUACCCAGGAAGCUGGACUUUCUCCUCAUUCCCUCCAGACUUCUGACCACCACAGAAUGGGAACUCCAUUUUUGACUAUGCUGUCUUUGCCCCAGCCUGACACCUUGGUCUGUGCUGGAAAGAGUAAAGCCUCAUUCUCUUGUUCCUUCACUCAGAACUUGGAAGGUUCUUAUUUGCUGGACCAAAAGGAAGGAGAGAAAGACUCUUCCUGGAAAAGGGAAUGGCUUCAUGGAUCUAAGGAAAAAAACCAUCAGGAUGUGGAGAGACGCGUUCAACCACCUGGGGGCAAGGGCCUUCAGCCCUUGGACAAGAUUAAAUUGGAAAAGGUGUCUGCCAGAGAAACCAGGCAGGCCUCCAUCCUCCUUCAAACAUGCAGGGAUUCCUGGAGUGGAGAAAACACAGACUCAGUGAAACAAAGCCCUUGUCCUGUCCCUGUGUUUUCCUGGGACAGUGAAAAGAAUGACAAGGACUCCUGGAGUCAGCUUUUCACUGAGGAUUCUCAGGGCCAGCGGGUUAUUGCCCACAACUCCAGAGCUCCUUUCCGAGAUGUAACAAACAAUCAGAAUCGGGGCUUAGGGCAGUUUCAUAAUAGCUCUUGGGCUCAGUGCCAAGAGAGGCCCACUCAGUUAAAUCUGCAGCCUGAUUUGCUCUUUACCCAGGACUCUGAAGUCCAAGCUCUAGCUUUCGGCAAGACUGUUGCAAAAGAUUUCUGA